AUGGGCAUUAAGUCACUCGGCUACACAGACUCCACUGAUUAUCUCUCGGAUUACAGGCUUGAGAACAAAGACGAAACAUGCGAGAAGAAAGAGAGAGAGGACAAGGUGUCAGAAGAGAUCCAACAUCACACGCUACAUCCUCGUCAACCUCAACACCUGCAAAGCAAACCACAACUGCAUGAGAAACAGAAACGACCAUUGCUAGCAGCAACAACAGCUGCUGCAGUUACAACCACUUCAAUUUCAGUAACGCAACAUUUUGAAGAACGACUCGAAGACGAACAACAACAUUAUCGUGAACACGAACACCCACAACAACCUCGUAGCAAUUCAACUCAUCGACUAGCAACAACUCCACAGAAUGGCAAGUUUUUAUUUCCGUCUCAUCUUUCAUGA